CGUAAACUUCGACAAGCACCGAUUUUUUAAACGAAGAAGAUUUCGAAACACUGUACAUUCCUACGAACACUUUUAAAAAUCGAACAUGUUUUCUACCGUAGGUAGAGCUGGUCUUUUGGCCACAAGAACGGUAGUUAACAACUCCUUGGCAGAGAAGACACCUUUGGUAGCCGGAGCCCUAGUGAACAAACGUGAUUAUGCAGCCAAAGCAGCAGGAAAAGGUCAAGGUAAGGUGGUUGCUGUAAUCGGUGCUGUCGUUGACGUACAGUUUGAGGACAAUCUUCCACCUAUCCUAAAUGCCCUCGAAGUACAAAAUCGUUCACCACGUCUGGUGCUCGAGGUGGCUCAGCAUUUAGGAGAGAACACCGUUCGUACCAUCGCUAUGGACGGUACAGAGGGUCUCGUUCGUGGACAGCCCGUCCUCGACUCCGGCUCUCCGAUCAGUAUCCCCGUCGGCGCUGAGACUCUCGGCCGUAUCAUCAACGUAAUCGGGGAACCCAUCGACGAGCGUGGCCCCAUCCCUACUGACAAGACGGCCCCUAUUCACGCCGAAGCUCCCGAGUUCGUAGAAAUGUCUGUGGAGCAGGAGAUCCUGGUAACCGGUAUCAAGGUCGUAGAUCUACUUGCGCCCUACGCCAAGGGUGGAAAGAUCGGUCUGUUCGGCGGCGCCGGCGUCGGUAAGACUGUACUUAUCAUGGAACUGAUCAACAACGUCGCUAAGGCCCACGGUGGUUACUCAGUGUUCGCCGGCGUAGGAGAACGCACUCGCGAAGGUAACGAUUUAUAUCACGAGAUGAUCGAGUCUGGUGUCAUCUCACUGAAAGACAAGACAUCCAAGGUAGCGCUUGUGUACGGUCAGAUGAAUGAGCCCCCCGGCGCACGCGCCCGUGUCGCCCUCACCGGACUGACCGUCGCCGAGUACUUCCGUGACCAGGAGGGACAGGAUGUACUGCUCUUCAUUGAUAACAUUUUCCGUUUUACUCAGGCUGGUUCUGAGGUAUCUGCCCUGUUGGGUCGUAUCCCCUCUGCUGUAGGUUACCAACCCACCCUCGCUACUGACAUGGGUACCAUGCAGGAACGUAUUACAACAACUAAGAAGGGUUCCAUCACCUCUGUGCAGGCUAUCUAUGUACCCGCUGAUGACUUGACUGACCCCGCCCCAGCCACCACCUUUGCUCACUUGGAUGCUACGACUGUACUGUCCCGUGCUAUUGCUGAGCUGGGUAUCUACCCUGCUGUGGAUCCCCUUGACUCCACCUCUCGUAUCAUGGACCCCAACAUUAUUGGUGCUGAACAUUACAAUGUUGCACGUGGCGUUCAAAAGAUACUCCAAGACUACAAGUCUCUACAGGAUAUUAUUGCCAUCCUGGGUAUGGACGAGUUGUCUGAGGAAGACAAGCUGACUGUAGCACGUGCACGUAAGAUCCAGAGGUUCCUUUCCCAACCCUUCCAGGUAGCUGAAGUGUUCACAGGCCAUGCUGGAAAACUUGUACCUCUUGAAGAAACUAUCAAGGGAUUCUCUAAAAUCCUUCAAGGAGAGUAUGACCACUUACCUGAGGUUGCAUUCUACAUGGUUGGACCAAUUGAAGAAGUUGUUGCUAAAGCUGAAACUCUCGCCAAGAGUGCUUAAACUCUUCCCUAGAAGUUAAUGAUAGAUGGAAUAGUCAUUCAAAAAACUUAUAUUAUUUAUUAAUUUAAAAUUUGCAUGUCUACACCCGGUAUGAAAUGUAAAAAUUCAAACAAGAUAUAGCGGCAUAUGAAAAAUGAUCAAUAAAAUUUAAUAAUAA